GAGGUGUUCCCUCUUCUGGCUGCAAAACACUGCAUAAUGCAAGCCCAUGCAGACUACCAUCAAUCUGUACUGGCAAAGCAACAGAAGAAAUUUGGUGAAGAAAUUGCAAGAUUGCAACAUGCUGCGGAUCUUGUAAAAACAGUGACAUCUCGUUAUGAUGAAUAUGUAAAUGUUAAAGACCUGUCUGACAAAAUCAACCGUGCACUUACUGCUGCAAAGAAGGAUAAUGACUUCAUCUAUCACGAUAGAGUUCCUGAUCUUAAAGAUCUUGAACCAAUAGGAAAAGUCAGUCUUGUGAAAGCAACUUCCAUUACUCUCCCUCUGAGUCAGAAAUUUACAGAUUUGUUUGAGAAGAUGGUUCCUAUGGCAGUACAGCAAGCUCUUGCUGUCUACAACCAAAGAAAAGCAGACUUGGUUAAUAGAUCAAUAGGCCAGAUGAGAGAGGCCACCAAUUUGGCAAAUGGAGUGCUAGCAUCCCUUAAUCUUCCUGCUGCUAUUGAAGAUGUUUCUGGAGAUAGUAUUCCUCAAUCCAUUCUACAGAAGUCUAAAUCAGUGAUUGAACAGGGAGGUGUUGAAGCAAUAGAUCAGUUGAUGAAAGAUCUUCCUGAAUUGUUGCAAAGAAAUAGAGAGAUUCUGGAUGAGUCACUAAGGAUAUUGGAUGAAGAAGAAGCAACAGAUAAUGAGUUGAAAAACAAAUUCAAGGAACGUUGGCAAAGAACACCAUCAAAUGAUUUAUACAAGUCUUUGAGGGCAGAAGGAACCAAUUUCCGUAAUGUACUGGAUAAAGCAGUACAAGCUGACAAACAGGUUAAGGAACGAUACCAAUCUCAUCGAGAUACAAUUUCAUUGUUAUCUAAAUCAGAACAAGAACUUAAUGCAGCCAUUCCAUCAGCAAAUCCAGCAAAAACAAUACAAGGGAGUGAGGUAGUUAACAUCCUAAAAUCGUUGCUAGCUAGUCUGGAUGAAGUAAAAAAGCAGAGAGAACAACUUGAGAAUGAUCUCAAAUCAGUAAACUUUGACAUGACAUCUAAAUUCCUAACAGCACUAGCAGAGGAUGGUGCUUUAAAUGAAGAAGCCAUUUCUGUCACAGAAUUGGAUAAUCUUUAUGGUGGUCUUACUCAUAAAGUACAGGAAACCCUGAGAAAACAAGAGGAGCUGCUCAACACCAUUCAGAAUUCUCAUCAGGAAUUUUCUAAGAUGAAGCAGUCAAAUAAUGAAUCCAAUUUAAGGGAAGAAGUUCUGAAGAAUUUAGCUAUAGCUAAUGACAACUUUGUGGAACUUACAGCCAACUUAAAAGAAGGCACAAAGUUCUAUAACGAAUUGACUGAAAUCCUUUUGAAAUUCCAAAACAAAUGCAGUGACAUUGUGUUUGCCCGCAAAACAGAAAGAGAUGAACUUCUGAAAGAUUUGCAACAGACUAUUGCCAGAGAACCCAGUGCUCCUUCUUUUCCUUCUGUGCCUGCAUAUCAAACUGUUCCCUCUGGGGGAAACAAGCCCUCUGCAUCCUCUACUCCAACUCCAGCUCCCCGAACCAAUAUGUCUAGUAAACCUCAGCCACCAGCACGCCCUCCUCCACCAGCAAUUUCUAUAGCACCUGUAGUGACUGCUCCUGGUUCAGCAACCACUGGGAUAUCAUCUGCUCCUGUGGGUUCUGCAGCUAAUCUAACACCUUCACAGGCCCAGGGGCCACCUUAUCCAACCUAUCCAGGAUAUCCUGCAUAUUGUCAAAUGCCUUUGCCAUUGACCUAUAAUCCUUAUAUAUAUGGCCAAUACAAUCUUCCAUAUACACCAUCACCUGCGUACCAAAAUCCUGGACAAGCUUCUUAUCCAGGUCCACCACAGCAACCUGGAUACCCUUAUCCACAACAGCCAUAUUAUCCACAGCAAUAACGUAUUAGAAAAGAAACAUUGCUUGUUAUAACUUAGAGUAAUUUGCAAUAAGCAUACUAAACUUCUAGUUCAGCUGAUGUACCUCACUGUAUUGGAAUGGUUGAUAACUUCCUUUCCUAUUAAUACUCCAAAAUAUAUAUUUUCUCAAUUGAAUUUUGGUUAUAUCAGACUUGUUGAGAAAGUGGCAAGCUACUACAACAUUAAAUUAACAUAAUUAGAUUUUAGUGAAAUUCAAUUUAUGUACUAAUUUACUUACACCAAAAAUUCCCUCCUAUAAAUAAAUACUAAAUGAUUGAUCUAAACAAACUGGCACAAGCAUUGGUCUGAUAUAAACUAUAAGAGUAAAUAGAAUUUCUAUAUUAUAUUGGUUUGUAUUUUGGAUUUGCUUUUAGUUACCAAUACGUUUUCUUUAAAGCAUUGUAAAUUGUAAGUGGAAAAUAAACUGCAUAAGAUAGUUUGAAAAUUAUACUUAGAUAUUUUAUAUUUCGCUAUAACUAAUGGAUGUUUUUGAAGCUAAGGCACCUUCUUUUAACACUGAUUUUGAUGCUGAGAUUUCAGCAAACCAAUCAUGGUUUCUUAUAUUAAGUUCCUAUAAUAUACAAACAAUCUCAAAAAUCAGUAUGUUCUUCCAGAAUAAGGUAAAAUAAAUCAGCAUAUUUUUAUUGAAUCAUUCAAAACCUAGCUUGUAAGGUAUUCAUUGGGGAUGUACACUUGACAUUUUGAUAUUUUACUUCUGGCUUAUCUAAUUAUAUUGUUUUUUGAGAUGCUGAAAGUUCAGUUGUCCCCUGCAACUUGCCUUUAUCCUACCUCAUUGCACGUGCCUCUGUAUAUAGAAAGAUGAUCCCGUGCAACCUACUUUUCUUGGGAUGUCUGAAGAAAGCUUAAGCUACAAACAUGGAUAAAUAAAAAUAAUUACAUUAAUUUAACCAAUUUACUCCAUUUUCAAAGUUUUGAAAAGAACAAGAACCUCAUGCUGCAAUUAAAAUAAGAUUCUACUAGAAUUGUUUGUCUUAAAUCCAUGCAUUUAAAUAUAGUUCACACCUGCAUGACAUAUAGGAGGCAAUGUGCCUGCUGAGAAGCCUGUGCAACCCACCAGCAUUUUUUUAAAAAGUAAUAAAUGUACUACUGCCACCAAAAGGUGGAAAGUACACUUUCUCAAAGUGUCGCUGCUAACACUGCCAUCUCCAGUGCUGCUGCCACUUUGCUAACUGCAAAAUAGCUGUUAUACAUGCCUGAUAUUAUUUUGCAGCCUGCAAGAAAUUUUAAUUUAUUGACCAUUCAUUCAGUUUCUAUAGCUCUCACAUUGACCAAGUGAGUGGCUUAACAAUUCUAAAACAGUUAAAACAAUUAAAAUUAUAGAAUAGUAAUCAAGAAAAUAAAUACAGUAGCCAAGAUAAUUAACCAAUUAACAAUAUAAGCCAGAAAUUGAGCAUUGCAGGCCUGAGUACUAGUUAAGUUUUUUGAGCCUUGCAAAAGGCUAACAGGGUGGAGGUCAUAUUUAUUUCCAAGUGGAGAAUGUUCCACAAAGCAGGGGUUACAGCAGAUGAUGUCCUAGUUCCUGCCAUUCGAACGUCUUUGGCAACACAUCCAAUCUAGAUUGAAUUGGAUGGGUAGAGACUCUUGGAAAAAGACAAUCCCACAAGUAACCCCAGUCCCAAGGCAUAUAAGGCUUUAAAGGGGACAACCAUACUUUGAACUAUACCCAGAAACACACUAUCAAUUGAGGUAGCUAUGUAGUUGUUUUAGUUGUGUCGUAUAUCUGGCACCAUUUGCUACCUGUGCAAAUGUUUUAUGUUCUCUUUCAAUUUCAUAAAAGUUAAAACUAAGGGAGAAAGAAAUAUUUAAUUCUUUAUUUUAAUUACUAAAAUUCUAUUAUAAGUUACUAAUAACCCUGUGAAAGGGAUACAACUUCCUUAUCUUACUAGUAAGUGGUAAUCUGAAUAAAUAAAUCUCAUUUUUAUAAUAGCAGCCGAGAGUAUAAUUUUACCAUUUAAAAAAUGGAAGAACAAGAAAUAUAUUUCAUGUUUCCUACAAUGCAUAAGUUAUCAUAAGACAGGAAUACACAAGUGUUAAUAAAUAUUUAUUAAAUAUUAAAUUAAAUUUUAGAUUGCAGGUAUAUAAAAUUGAGACUCUGCUUCUGAAUACAGUACAGUAGCAAAUAAAAACAGGUCCAUGUUCUAGUUUUUUAAAAGUCUCCAGUAGAAGGCAGACUAAAACCAUGCUAUCAAGCUUUUUCACAUAAUUAUUGUAUAAAUUUAUUAUUCUGCUGACAUUAUCAAGGGAGCUAAUGAUUAAAAAUAAAAUCAGAUUGGUAUAAAUUAUAAAAACUGAAAACAUUAUGCAGGAACAUAUCAGAAUUAAUAAAACGUGGUGAAUCAUGGCUGUUUAAAUGAAAGAGCUUCAUCUUACACUUUUAACUUCACUAUUUCAGCCUUUCUAAGGACCAGAUUUCUAUAAUUGCACCCAAGACAAUUCCUUAGUUUCUCAUCUUGUGUCUUACCUUGUGUCUUAACUUACUUGAGUGUCUUACCUUGUGUCUUACCUGAGCUGCUCUUCAGCUCAGUGACUGAAGAGCAGGCAGAAAAAGGCGUCUGAAAGGAAGAAAUUCUUGAGCAAAUUAUUUGAGAAUAAGAUGUUUUGAAAUUAUAACUUCAGUUCUCAAAAGUUUGAGCAGGCAAUCUUGUUUUUUUAACUGUUUUAGUCAAUUGUAAGUGUACAUUGCAGCAGAAUAUAGCUAUCACGUGAUUUGUUAUAUACAAAUAAACCAGAUUAGACAAAAUAAAUAUUUUCCUUUAACUAUU